GCUGGCUUCGCUCUGUUCAUCACUCUGCUGAUCAGACUGACAUCAUGCUGCUCACCGUCUGCGCUCUGCUCCCUGCUCUGGCAGUGGUCAGCUCACAGAAAGUAGUGACGCAAAAGCCUCCAGUUAUAACAGUAGAUAAGGGGAACUCUGUCACUAUGGACUGUAACAUCGCAAAGGAGGAAGGCUACUAUGUCUGCUGGUAUAAACAGAUUCCAUCAGCAGCUCCAGAGUUUGUGUUGAGAUUUUAUUAUUCUCACUCCGCUCCUGAUAAAUACGGAGACAAUUUUUCAUCCACACGCUUCACAUCUAAAGCCUCAUCAAGCAUCGACUAUCAGUUAAUAAUCAGUAAUGUGGAGGUGGGAGACUCAGCAGUGUAUUACUGUGGGACAUGGGACAACUCUGCUAAAGAGAAUGUAUUCGGCCAAGGAACAAAGCUGAUCGUCAGCGACGCUGCUCUCCCGGCUCCUGUUCUGACCGUUCUCCCUCCGUCCAGUAAACAGCUGGAGUCUAAAAAAGCCACUCUAGUGUGUUUGGCCAGCGAGGUGGCCGGUGGUUUUGCUGAUGUGCGUUGGCUCGUGAACGGGAACUCGGUCACCAGUGGAGUCAUCACCGGCUCUGCACUGCAGCAAACCAAUAAGAAAUUCACACUGAGCAGCUCUUUGACCAUCGACAGCUCCGAGUGGGAAAACAACAAAGACAUAACAUGUGAAGUGUCUGCUGGAGGAAAAGCUGCAUCGGUGAAGAUUAACAAGUCUGAAUGCAGUGAAUGAACCUGAUUACUGUUUAUAUAUGAAUUAUUUAGCUGAAUUUUAUAAGUGUUUUAGAUUAAUUUAGAGAGAAAGGAAGAAUAUCACCUCCUGUAUGUAAUCAAAAAGAAUUUUAAUAAAACUGCAAUACUAUCAAAGAA